AGGAAGAGAGCGCGCGGCGAACAAGCGGGCAAGGGGCAGCGGCAGCGGCGCCGCCAGGGACCAUGGUGCUGCCGGCGCCUCCUCCGAGGGCGUGAAGGCGGCGCUCCCACUCUCCCCUCGGACUCCGCGGUGUCCCAGGAGCUUCUGCUGACAAUUCCAAUUUCCACACGCAACAUUUGGGCAAUGGUGAGGGCUUCGGUCCCUUCUCUGGUUUGCUGUCAACCAUGAAUGGAUGGAUUUGAUGCCUGCUGGCCAAAAGGUGUCCCUCUGUGUAUUGCAGUCCUGUGGCAUUAUGCAUGCCCCCAGCCAGUGAACCCCCAGGCUUUUUAUGGCUGUGACACACGUUAAAAGUUCAGGGGUAAGAAGUGACCUUUUGAGGUGACUCUAACUGAAGAUUGCUUUACAGAAGCCAGAAAAGGUUUUUGAGUCAUGAUGCAAGAAUCUGGGACUGAGACAAAAAGUAACGGUUCAGCCAUCCAGAAUGGGUCGAGCGGCGGCAACCACUUAUUAGAGUGUGGCGGUCUUCGGGAAGGGCGGUCCAACGGAGAGACGCCGGCCGUGGACGUUGGGGCGGCCGAUCUGGCCCACGUGCAGCAGCAGCAGCAGGCACUUCAAGUGGCAAGACAGCUUCUUCUCCAGCAGCAACAGCAGCAGCAAGUUAGUGGAUUAAAGUCUCCCAAGAGGAAUGACAAACAACCAGCCCUUCAGGUUCCCGUGUCAGUGGCUAUGAUGACACCUCAAGUUAUCACUCCCCAGCAAAUGCAGCAGAUCCUCCAGCAACAAGUGCUGAGCCCUCAGCAGCUCCAGGUUCUCCUCCAGCAGCAGCAGGCCCUCAUGCUUCAACAGCAGCAGCUUCAAGAGUUUUAUAAAAAACAACAGGAACAGUUGCAGCUUCAACUUUUACAACAACAACAUGCUGGAAAACAGCCUAAAGAGCAACAGCAGGUGGCUACCCAGCAGUUGGCUUUUCAGCAGCAGCUUUUACAGAUGCAGCAGUUACAGCAGCAGCACCUCCUGUCUUUGCAGCGCCAAGGCCUUCUAACAAUUCAGCCGGGGCAGCCUGCCCUUCCCCUCCAACCCCUCGCUCAAGGCAUGAUUCCAACAGAACUGCAGCAGCUCUGGAAAGAAGUGACAAGUGCUCAUACGACAGAAGAAACCACAGGCAACAAUCACAGCAGUUUGGACCUGACCACGACAUGUGUCUCUUCCUCUGCACCUUCCAAGACCUCCUUAAUAAUGAACCCACAUGCCUCUACCAACGGACAGCUCUCUGCCCACACUCCCAAAAGGGAAAGUUUGUCCCACGAGGAGCAUCCUCACAGCCAUCCUCUCUAUGGACACGGCGUAUGCAAGUGGCCAGGCUGUGAAGCCGUAUGCGAAGAUUUCCAAUCGUUUCUCAAACAUCUCAACAGUGAGCAUGCGCUGGACGAUAGAAGUACAGCCCAAUGUAGAGUACAAAUGCAGGUUGUACAGCAGUUAGAGCUCCAGCUUGCAAAAGACAAAGAGCGCCUGCAAGCCAUGAUGACCCACCUACAUGUGAAGUCUACGGAGCCCAAAACUGCCCCUCAGCCCCUGAAUCUGGUCUCCAGUGUCACACUCUCCAAAUCGGCAUCAGAGGCUUCUCCGCAGAGCUUACCUCAUACUCCUACGACCCCCACCGCCCCCAUCACUCCCGUCACCCAAGGCCCCUCCGUCAUCACCACCACCAGCAUGCACACAGUGGGACCCAUCCGCAGGCGGUACUCAGACAAAUACAACGUGCCCAUUUCUUCAGCAGAUAUUGCGCAGAACCAAGAAUUUUAUAAGAACGCAGAAGUUAGACCACCAUUUACAUAUGCAUCUUUAAUUAGGCAGGCCAUUCUCGAAUCUCCAGAAAAGCAGCUAACACUAAAUGAAAUCUAUAACUGGUUCACACGAAUGUUUGCUUACUUCCGACGCAAUGCUGCCACAUGGAAGAAUGCAGUGCGUCAUAAUCUUAGUCUCCACAAGUGUUUUGUGCGAGUAGAAAACGUUAAAGGGGCAGUAUGGACAGUGGAUGAAGUAGAAUUCCAAAAACGAAGGCCACAAAAGAUCAGUGGUAACCCUUCCCUUAUUAAAAACAUGCAGAGCAGCCACGCCUACUGUGCACCUCUCAAUGCAGCUUUACAGGCUUCCAUGGCUGAGAAUAGUAUACCUCUAUACACUACCGCUUCCAUGGGAAACCCCACUCUGGGCAACUUAGCCAGCGCCAUACGGGAAGAGCUGAACGGGGCGAUGGAGCACACCAACAGCAACGAGAGCGACAGCAGUCCAGGCAGAUCCCCGAUGCAAGCUGUGCAUCCCGUACACGUCAAAGAAGAGCCCCUCGAUCCAGAGGAAGCUGAAGGGCCACUAUCCUUAGUGACAACAGCCAACCACAGUCCAGAUUUCGACCACGACAGAGAUUACGAAGACGAACCAGUAAAUGAGGACAUGGAGUGAACAUCUGGGCAGGCCGACCCCAAGAGUGAAGAUUGGGGGAAAAAACAAAAAAAACAAAAAAAAAACAAAAAAAAAACCACACAACAAAAACACGUCAAAAGUUCGCAGUGAAAUCGUUCUCCAUUUGUUGUACAGUCUGGAGGAUUUUUCACUACAUUUUGACAACUCUGAAAUGUGUUAACUCUUAGUGCCAUCAAGAAUCCCAUUUGGGAGUAUUUUUGAUUUUUCUACUUUUUGUUGAAAAAAGGAAUUUGUACUCUGUGCAUUGGAUGGACUUGUUUGGUACUUGGGAUUUUCCUCUCAUAACAGUCAACAUCAGUGUUGUAAAUUUGCUAAACUGAUUCACUUUUAGCAGCAGACUUUGAACUGCAGUCCUGCCGACGUUGGACACUGAGGACACCCAACUGAGCAUGUGCACCUAAGCUGCAGACCAAGCCUCUGCCCAGAAUUUAAGGAUUCCAAUGGACGACCUAUUUGCACAGUACUGCAUGUUGAUUAUCACUGCCUUUACUCCAAUUUUUUUUUUUUUUUUUUUGCUUCCAGUUGGGAUGGGGAAGGCCGUUGUGUGUGUAUUGGGGGGAGGGGUUAAAAAUAAUUAUCCCUAACUUUUUAAUGUAUUGCUUUUUUUUUUGGCUUCUACUUUACCAUUUUAAGUUCUGACCUCAGGCCUCCAUUUGGGCCCAUGGCCUCUUGGAGGCUUCAAGUUUUCUGUACCUUGUGAUGAAUGUUAAUAGGUGUUUUUAUUAUACAAAGCUGAAUGUCA